CAGCUGCAGCGGGGCCGGCGGAGCGGGCGGCGGGUCCGGGGCUGUGGGCUGAGGCGCGCGGAAUGUGAGGCGGGGCGGGCCGCAGCGCGCGCGCGCGGACGCUCGGACCCGGCCCCGGCCGACGACCCCCUCGCGGACGCCGGGCUCGCCCUCCCCGCUCGCCCUUGGGAGCCUCCCCGGUGCCCCGCGGCGCGCCGGCGGGACCAUGAAGAAGUUCUCGCGGAUGCCCAAGUCGGAGGGCAGCGGCGGCGGCGGCGGCGGCGGGGCCGGUGGCGGGGCCGCCGGGGCGGGGGCCGGCGGCGGCGGCGGCGGCUCGGGCGGCUCCUCCGUGGGGGUCCGCGUGUUCGCCGUCGGCCGCUACCAGGUCACCCUGGAGGAGUCGCUGGCCGAAGGUGGAUUCUCCACAGUUUUCUUGGUGCGGACUCAUGGUGGAAUCCGAUGUGCAUUGAAGCGAAUGUAUGUCAAUAACAUGACUGACCUCAACAUUUGUAAAAGGGAAAUUACAAUUAUGAAAGAACUAUCUGGUCACAAAAAUAUUGUGGGUUAUCUGGAUUGUGCUGUUAAUUCAUUUAGUGAUAAUGUAUGGGAAGUUCUUAUCUUAAUGGAAUACUGUCGAGCUGGGCAGGUCGUAAAUCAGAUGAAUAAGAAGCUGCAGACAGGUUUUACAGAACCUGAAGUGUUACAGAUCUUCUGUGAUACCUGUGAAGCAGUUGCAAGAUUACACCAGUGUAAGACUCCAAUAAUUCACCGGGAUCUGAAGGUAGAAAAUAUUUUGUUAAAUGAUCGUGGAAAUUAUGUACUUUGUGACUUUGGCAGUGCCACUAAUAAAUUUCUCAAUCCUCAAAAAGAUGGAGUUAAUGUAGUAGAAGAUGAAAUUAAAAAGUAUACGACUCUGUCAUACAGAGCACCUGAAAUGAUUAACCUUUAUGGAGGGAAACCCAUCACCACCAAGGCUGAUAUCUGGGCCUUGGGAUGUUUACUGUAUAAACUUUGUUUCUUCACUCUUCCUUUUGGUGAGAGUCAGGUUGCUAUCUGUGAUGGCAGCUUCACCAUCCCAGACAAUUCUCGGUAUUCUCAUGACAUACAUUGUUUGAUAAGAUUCAUGCUUGAACCAGAUCCAGAGCAUAGACCUGAUAUAUUUCAGGUGUCUUAUUUUGCAUUUAAGCUUGCCAAAAAGGAUUGUCCAGUCUCCAAUAUCAAUAAUUCCUCUAUUCCUUCAGCUCUUCCUGAACCGAUGACUGCUAGUGAAGCAGCUGCUAGGAAAAGCCAAAUGAAAGCCAGAAUAACAGAUACCAUUGGACCAACAGAAACCUCAAUUGCACCAAGACAAAGACCAAAGGCCUACUCUACUACUAGUAGUGUGUUGACCAUACAGAGUUCAACAACACCUGUUAAAGUCCCUGUUCCUGGUGAAUUCAGUAACCACAGACCAAAAGGAGCAAUGAGACCUGGAAAUAGUCCUGAAAUGUUACUGGGUCAGGGGCUCCCUCAGCAGCCUCCACAGCAGCAUAGAGUACUUCAACAACUACAACAGGGAGAUUGGAGAUUACAGCAACUUCAGUUGGAGCAUCCCCAACCUCACCAGCAGCAGCAGCAGCAGCAACAGCAGCUACUUCAGGAUGCUUAUAUGCAGCAGUAUCAACAUGCAGUGCAGCAGCAACAGAUACUGCAGCAACAGUUUUUAAUGCAUUCAGUAUAUCAGCCACAACCUCCUGCAUCACAGUAUACCACAAUGAUGCAGCAGUAUCAGCAAGCUUUUUUACAACAACAGAUGCUAACUCAGCGCCAGCAGUCUCAACACCAAGCAUCACCUGAAUAUCUUACAUCCCCUCAAGACUUCUCACCAGCCUUAGUCUCCUAUGCCUCAUCACUUCCAGGUCAGGUUGGAACCAUGGACUCCACUUACAGUACCAGUAGAUCAAUUGCUGAAAAAGAAGCAGUGGCAACUUUUACAGAUCAGAAGAGCAUCAGUAACCCACCUGAUAUGUCAGGGUGGAAUCCUUUUGGAGAAGAUAAUUUUUCCAAUUUAACAGAAGAGGAACUUUUGGACAGAGAAUUUGACCUUCUAAGAUCAAACAGGCUCAAGGAGAGAGCAUCCUCAGAUAAGAAUGUAGACCCACUUUCUGCUCCACUUAACCAUCCUCCAGAAGAUCCUUUUGGUUCUGUUCCUUUCAUUGCUCACUCAGGUUCUCCUGAAAAGAAAGUUGAACUUUCAUCCAUGAACGAAGAAAACAGCACUGCAAGCCCUGUCAAAAAUGGUAAAGCAGGUCCAGUAUCUAAAGAGCAGAGGACUGGAAAGAAAACUUCAGAGCAUUCAUCUGUACGAGGCCAAGGGCAAAAGGGGAAUGAUGACUCGGAAAGUGAUUUCGAAUCAGAUCCACCUUCUCCAAAGAGCAGCGAGGAGGAAGAGCAAGAAGAUGAAGAGGGUCCAGGAGAACAAGGAGAUUUUAAUGAUGAUGAUACUGAACCAGAAAAUCUGGGUCAUAGGCCUCUCCUCAUGGAUUCUGAAGAUGAGGAGGAAGAGGAGAAACACAGCUCUGAUUCUGAGGAGUAUGAGCAGGCUAAAGCAAAGUAUAGUGACAUGAGCACUGAGUACAGAGAAAAGCCUGGCAGCAGACCACCCCAAGAUCCUAAUACAGGGCUCUGCACCCCAAUCCAUCUACCCUCCAAUGUUGGGGUAGAGAGUCGGACACAGGAGUUCGAUGUUUUUGGCGCAGUCCCUUUCUUUGCAGUACGUACUCAGCAGCCCCCGCAAGAACGUGAAAGGCAUCUCUCUCACCAGAUGUUUCCUACUGUGGGACUAGAGCAAGAGGAAUUCGAUGUGUUCACAAAGGCGCCUUUCAGCAAGAAGAUGAGUGUACAGGACUGCUCUUUGGUGGGGCCUGAGGCACGUCCUCUCCUUAGUCGCUCCCAAAGUGUAGAUAUAUUUGGCUCCACUCCCUUUCAACCCUUUUCCAUGUCAGCAAGUAAAAGUGAAAGCAGGGAGGACCUUUUUGGACUCGUGCCCUUUGAGGAAAUAACUGGGAGUCAGCAGCACAAAGCCAAGCAGCGCAGCUUACAGAAACUGUCCUCUCGCCAGAGGCGCACCAAGCAGGAUAUGUCCAAAAGUAACGGGAAGCGGCAUCAUGGCACACCAACUAGCUCUAAGAAGACUUUGAAGCCUACCUACCGCACUCCGGAGAGGGCUCGCAGGCACAAAAAAGUGGGCCGCCGAGACUCUCAGAGCAGCAAUGAGUUUUUAACCAUCUCAGACUCCAAGGAGAACAUUAGCGUCGCACUGACUGAGGGCAAAGACAGGGGGAAUGUCCUACAACCUGAGGAGAGUCUGUUGGAUCCCUUUGGUGCCAAGCCUUUCCAUCCUCCAGACCUGUCUUGGCACCAGUCACACCAGGGGCUGAGCGACAUUCGUGCUGAUCACAAUACUGUCCUGCCUGGGCGGCCAAGACAGAAUUCACUACAUGGGUCAUUCCACAGUGCCGAAGCGUUGAAAAUGGAUGACUUUGGUGCCGUGCCCUUUACAGAACUUGUGGUGCAAAGCAUCACGCCACAUCAGUCCCAGCAGGCCCCAUCAGUCGAAUUAGACCCAUUUGGUGCUGCUCCAUUUCCUUCUAAACAGUAGAUACUUCUGAUGGAUGCUCUGCAUUAACUCCUGUUUCAAAAGAGUAUGAGAUAGUUUUGUGAAUUUACAAGAAAAUUUAUUUGUAUAGCUCUUUGUAUCAUUCAUUCUUACAGGUUAAUCAGGAUAGGUGAUUUUUAAAUAAACCAAAUAGAAAAAGGAAGUAUAUCUACAGGGUAGUAACUUUUGAUGCCACAUAUAAGGAGAUGAGAGCUAACCUGAAAACUCUAUGGGUUUCUGUUUCUGACACCACGCCACGGUGUAGUACUUCAGUGGAAGCCCAUGGCACCUGUCUAGUGUAGUCAGGAGAAGGGACAGGAGAGAUGGAUAGCACUAGUUUUGAUAUUAGGCUGAUUUGUACAUAUAUAGGUUGCAUUUAAGGUUUCUUCUAAUUCCCAUACAAUUAAAAAAAAUCUACUUCUCUCAAAAAAUUAGCAAGGUAUCUGGAAAGCGCAUAGAUUUUAGUACCUUUCUCUACAAAGCAGAGCCAGAACUAUUGUGCCUAAAACUAUUGCAUUAAAAAAAAACAAGUGCCAUUAAUAUGGAAUAUCUAAUAAUAUGUGAAAUAAUGUAUAUAUUAGCUCAGUUUAGACCUCUACAGUGUAUACAUAAAUGACAUAAAUACAUACAAAAUGACAUAAAUACAUACAAUUUUUGUCAUUGACAUCUCCAAAACCUGGAAUAGCUAAUGGACAUCUAGAAAAAUACCUGGCAUUUGAAAAAUAAUGAUAGGAAAGAAAAGAAUUCAGAAUUCAACACUUUAGAAACAUUUUAUAUUGUUUUAUUAUCAUGUCCUUAAUGAAACAAAGUACUGAAAAAAUUGGGAGUUAGGACAAGGAUUAUAUUAUAUAAAACUUUUAUUUCAGGAAAAAAUGUAGCUGAAACCUUGAAUUUUUAAAAUGUUUACAAUGUAGCGUCAUUUUGCAUUUAAUAAUGUACUUUAUUAAUUUCUACCUUCGCCAUAUAUUCUCCAUUUUGAGCAACAGUCAUUUUACUUUGGUUUAGAGGGUGGAGUAGUUUUAAUAGUGCACACAACAGUGACACCCAUAAAGCCUUAUUAGGCAGGAAUCGCAUAUCCUGCUCAUGUACCUCUGCACUAAUACCACAUCUGCCAGUGGAUUCAAGGGUUGCAUGAGGGACUAGCAUCUGCUAGCUGACUGUGUCUUUAGGGGAAAAAAUCCAGCUACCAAAUUGCCUUUUUUAAAGUAUCACAAAUCCUAAGUAUAAACUUGAGGUUUUGUAGAAAUUGUGUGUAAUGAAUUAAUGUGACUACAGUAUCUUGUGCUUCCUGCUCUAAGUUAUAGUUUUUCCCUGUAGACUAAUAUUUGAAGUUUCUUGAACUGUUAAAGCUAUUUACAAACAGGAGUGGAAACUAUAGUCUGGCAUUCUCCUGAUUGCUACAUUUUUAAUUCUCUACACCCGAUUAAAGAAUAUUUUAUGAGUAAUAGUAUCUCUUAAUUAUAGUGCCCUCGUUGGGUUUUUGCAAACUAUAUGUAACUGACUACAUACUCAUGUUUUGUUUUGUUUUUCUGUAUGCUAUGUCAGAUAGUACAGGAUAGCUAAACUGUGUGAAUCACAAUGUAGCAGAGGCAGAUCAAGCAUUAUGUAUCACUACUUACAGCGCUUUAGAGUGGACUACACCAAUAACUGUCCUUAUGCCAAAGGGAAAUAAGUUUGCACCUUUUUAUUUAUUCUCAGGUUGAUUAAUACUGCUAAUGCAAAUGCCUAAGUAGGUUUUCUUUUAAUCUUUUAAAAUAGGUUUAAGUGAAGAGUUGAUUAUACAUAGUAAACUGAUGACCUACAAUAGGAUUCUCUCAAAUAGAACUGAAAAAAAUGGGAAUCUGUUGGUUAAGAAGUACACAUCAGAAUUAUAGUCCUUGCUAAGCUUCAUGAUUUCAUCUUUUAGAUAGAUGAAUUAAUGUGAACUUCUUGGAAUCUAAAUUGUGAACUUCUUGGAAUCUAAAUAUGAAAUACAUUAUUUUACUUGCUCUUCAACACACUGAAUAAUUUUAAAUACUUCAGACAAAAUAUUGGAUAAACAAAGUAUUCUCAGCUUAAAACAUGUUUGUUUUUUCUCUUUAUGAUAGCAUAGCAUUUCCUCUCAAGAUGGUAGCCCAAAGUUUUAGGAGUUAACUGGAGAUCCAAUGGGACAAAAAUUGGGAAAAUUCCUUGUGGUAAAAGUUAUAGGCAUCUUGUCAAGGUGUAGAGAUUUUACUUUUUAUUUUUAUUCAUCACCUCCACACUAGCAUAGUCAGAUGUAGGCCACUCCCUACAACUGUUGCCUUUUAAUUUCCUUAUGAGAAUUAAAUUCCCAUGGCAAGUGAAGAAAGUAUAUCCCACACAGAGCACUCCGUGGUUCUGUUAUGGAAUGGUCCAAUUCUGGUUUAAGAAGAAAUGUGAAAAAAUUAAUUUCUAUCAUUAUUUGGGUGUGCUCUGUGCUUCUAAGGGUGGGAUGUAGUCAUAACUCUAAACCUGCUAUACUUGAACAUCACUAAGGAAGUAACAUGAAGCUAGUAAAACUGAGGCCAAAGUUGUUUUCUAACAGCUUUAAUAGUAUUCAUUUUGAAUUAUCUUUUUUUUAAAAAAGUGGACCAUUUGCUCAACUUUCAUUACUUUAGUAAAAUGUUAGUAUUUAAAAGAUCAGCUUUCAUAGCAUCAAAGAAUGUAUAUGCUAGGACACAAAAAUUGCUUGGUGUAUAUAUAAUAGGUCAAGGAGGAAAAGUUGUAACUGACUAGUAUUUAUUCAGAAGUGUAACCUUUGCCAACCCUGAGUAUGUGUGUAUUUGGGCAUAGUUAUGACAUCUGAUCUGCAGGUAUAUGCACCUUUUGAUCCUAUUGUUUAUAGACUUGUUCUUAUCUUGCUGGUGGAAAAUACUAAGGUGGGGCCCACUCUUCUAUGCUUCUGAUCCUUAUGCAGAGCAGUUUUCUGACCACUCAGCUGCCUGGCUGGGUUUCUUUUAGGUUUUGGUACUUCACAUAAGCACUGUUAGAAGGUACAAGUAUGUUAAAAUCACUAGUAUUCUGAAGAGUUUGGGUACAUUUGUUUUAAUAUGUGUAGAAUGUGCAGUGAACUUUUUCUUUUUUAGUAACUCUACUUAUUAUGUUAGGUCCAAUUACUGUGAGAAUGAGAUGAUAUAUCUACUGUGAGAAUUAACAUAAAUGAUAGUUUAUUUGAAAACUUUUAUACUCAGUGGUGUUUUAUAUAUUAAGACACAACUCUAUAAUAGACACAUGCAUGCACAUCACAUCUCUCUACUGUGGAGUUAAUGUGAAUUU